GAAGCGCACCGGAGACGAUCAUCCAAUGGGUCAAUCUCAGCGAGUGUAUUCCCAGACUGGAUCCUGCGAGCAGCUCCUGGACUGACAGAUUUCCCCGCAGCGAUAAACACUUGGCAGUGUGAAGUCACCUGGAGAGUUCCCUUUUUCUUCUUCUUCUUCUUCUUCUUCUUCUUGUUCUUCUUCUUCCUAAAAGUCAACUCGAAAGAAAAAAGCGCAGCAGCGAUGACAGCCGAGCUUAUUUCACGUGGAAGUGACUGAGACCCGCAUCGCUUUAUCCGAUUGACUUUUCUGUGAGGAUGCAAAGGAGAUACAGAAUGCAGUCCGUGUUUAUAGCGUUGUUACUCGGAGUGGUCGGGGCUCUGGCUAAUAAGGAGGAUUGUUUGUCGGGACAGUUCACGGCAACCGGAGAAUGCUGUGUGAAGUGUCCGCCCGGGGAGGGCGUCCUCAAACCCUGUGAACGCACCCAGACUGUCUGCGCCCCCUGCCUGGACAGUGAAACUUUCUCACAAAGCUCGAGUCACACAGAGAAGUGUCAGCCCUGCACAGUGUGCUCAGGUCUGCUCCGCAUGAAGUCGCCCUGCACAGACACUAACGACGCCACCUGUGUGUGCAACUAUAACUACUAUUUGAAUAAAAUGUCUCAGCAGUGCGAGCACUGCACAAAAUGUCCUGAGGGCCAGGGGAUGCUGUUCAGCUGCGACUUUGACCAUGACACGGUGUGUGAGGAGUGCGACGACGACACGUUCUCGGACCAGGAAAGCUCUCGGGAACCCUGCAUCCCCUGCUCCACCUGCGAUGAAGGGAUAGUGUUGACGGCCUGCACUUCUAAGACUGAUACCGUUUGUCAAGCUCUGACGGCUUCUGACGAUUUCUUUUCGAACUUCACGGCGCCCUAUGAUAACUUUUUCGAUUAUGAGCUCCUACCAGAGGGCCCUCCGGACACCACAUCACCCACCAGUACCACCACUACCCCCACCAGUACCACCACUAGUAAUGGUGACUCUAAGGAGCCGAUCUACCAUCUGAACAACAAACUCAUCCCCAUCUACUGCUCCAUCCUGGCCGCCGUUGUAGUCGGCCUCGUGGCCUUCAUCAUCUUUAAGAGGUGGAACAGCUGUAAGCAGAACAAGCAAGGAGCCAACAACUGCACAGCCAACCAGAACCAGACCCCGUCACCGGAGGGAGAGAAGCUGCACAGCGACAGUGGCAUUUCUGUGGACACCCAGAGUCUGCAGGAGCAGCAGGGCCAGACUCAGGCACAGACAGUUGUCAACAUGGAUGAAGAGCCAUGUUUGCUCCUUCCUCUCCACACCAGAGAGAAGGUGGAGAAGCUGCUGUUCAGUGGCAGCGAAGGAGACGACUGCAACCACAUGGAGGACAGCGACUGGUGCAACCUGGCGGGCCUCCUGGGAUACGAGGAGGAGCGGAUCGCCAUAUUCCAGCAGGAGGAGCAUCCCGUCCGAGCGCUCCUGUCUGACUGGGCGAGCAAGGACUGCGCCAGCAUCGACAUGCUGUGCACGGCGCUGCGCAAAAUCAACCGCGAAGACAUCGUCCAGAGUCUGGUGCUGAGCCCGAGUGCUACAAAGCCCACCGCCACUUCUGUAGUGUGAUUUUAGCGAGGGAGCAAAACCACCUUAACCUUAAAAUUAUUCCAUGGCAACACUCAAUCCAUAUAAUUCAUGCUAGAACCGCUUCAAGCCAUUCCCUCGUGAAGCCAGCAGUCAAAUACCACAAGUCCUGGGGAAUUAUUUCAAGUUUAAUCAUGGGGGAAGAAAAAAACUGAAUGAAUACCAAAGUACGGUAUUAAGCCCAUCCCUUUAGGAUGUAAUCAUUAUCAAUAAUUGUUUUUUAAAUCCACACAAUGUAAAGCCUGUGUCAAUGGAAAUUGGCUAUACAGAUUUAAUUUUGGAGCCUGAAUUUACAAUCCAGUUUACCAUUUUCUGACUUUUAACGAAGCAGACAUUGGCACUUUCACAUGGGUCCCCGGCUCUUAUAUCCCAACAACUUGAUCCCCUGCAACUUCACUCUUAAAUAUUAAUAGUCCUCAGUGAUAGCGUGUUGUAUCUCUAAAUGUUACCUUGCAAAUCUAUGUUACCAAAGAGGAGAACAACGACUCCAGAACAUACCUGACAAGCAACAUUAUUUACAUGCCUUGUUAGGCUUUUGCUGCCCGAUGUGGAAAUGACAACCGGAGGAACGAUGCGUUUCAACUGAACCUGUUCUCCUUCUGCAAAGAUUUACGACACUGAGCUGCGAGAAAUUCAUCUGGACUUAAAGGUUUCAGCAGACUCUUUCCUUUUUCCGACAAGUGCUAUAGGAAGUGCUGGCUGGACCAACUCGGUGGUCUGUGGGGCAGGUCAUUGAGCGAGGCAACAAGAGAAACUAUUCUAUGUGCUCAGGGCCCAUCUGCAUAACAAAGGAGCUCCAACACAGACUCCUUCAGACUGACCCAGAAAAUGAACAACUAUGUAACUGUAUGUAUAAAGGCAGACAAGCACACACACACACCAUACACAUACUGACCAUACAUACACACAUAGACCUACAAUAUGUAACCAUGCAUGCACGAUUCAAACACAGGCAAAGUUCCCAUAAACAUUUGCAUUCUUCUCAGAUCCUGCCAUGUAAUGUAUUCAACACUCAUGAGGGUAGCACAUAUUGUUUAAUGCCAUUAUUAACAGCCAAUAUAAGGUGACUCGGUCUUAAAAAUGUCUUGAAUCCAUAUAAUUUGCAACAUGUGCGAUGGAUGCUGACUUACAGUAAACAGCAUGCAGAAACUAGCAACUCAUGUCAGCCGGUACACAAGUUUCAAGAAAAAAAAUCCGGAUUCAAAACAAAAAUCCAGGGUUUUCUAUCUUUUUCGUUUUCUCAGGGUAUCUAGAAUUAAUGUGCACCUGCAUCAAUAUGACACCUAUUAUUACACCCUCAACAGACACUGUGUUCAUCCAAAUCAGUGAUUCUUGCGACUGGCAAUCUUUCAAACGGCUAAAUUAGAGAUGGAAAUGAUCCAGAGAAAUAAAGAACAAGGGUUUCUUGUUUCCUUAUUGUUUCCGACAAUGACCUCUGGAUGAAAGGCACGUCAGCGGACACAUAAAAAGGAUGUGGGAUGAUCGGACUGAGGUAAAGGGAAAGAGGUUUGGAUGACUUAAAUGUAAAGGUGAAACCCAGGAACUGCAUUAACAUAGGUCAGCUUGUUUAAGUAUAAGCAUGUUGUGUCUAUUUGGUUUGAACUUGUCAAAUCUUACUGAAAGUUUAUUAUUAUGCUGCCAAGUGACAACCCUGAGCACCUAGCAUUGUUUUUGUUUUCUUUUUAAGGUAAAAUAAUAGAAGGAGCAGAUAGUUUACUGCAGUUGUACCUAUACCACCAACUUCAUCUGUUGCUUUCAGGUACAGAUUGUAUAUUGUUACUAACCACUAGCAUACUGAGCGUCAUGCUGUAGUGUUACUUUAAAUGAAGGUAUUCUCACUCUACUCUCUAAGGGUUGUAGUAUUUUAAUACCCAUAACAAUUGUAAAUGGUAUUAUGUUUCUCUUGUUGUCCUAGAUUUUAGUACUUUAACAUGUAAUUAGGUCUGUUUCGCAUCACAAGUGCCUGGCAAACUAUGUCAUGUGUCCGCUGAUGUUUUAUAUUCGUUGUUUAUAGCCAUAUUUGUCGGUAUGUUUUACUUCAGUUGUCAUUUUUUAACUUAAUAAUUUGUAUUUUUUCUAGUUUCUCUUUAGUUGUACUGUACAAUAUCUAUGUGAAAGGGACGUUGUUACAAUAUCAAUGCUGUCCUAGUUGAAAAGUUUAAGAAGGGCAAAAGGAAGGUUUGUGUGAGGUACUGUUAAAUAUAAUCAUUCACUAUCAUGUGUGAAAGCAGUGCGUCAUUAACACUGGACAUGAAUAGGGAUCACACGUUUUUAUUUUCCUUUAAGACUAAUCAGCAUUAAUUGUCAAUUUGGACACAUGUACAGUCCCAACAAACUCAACUCUACAACAUUAUAAUACUCUGAGUUUGGAGUGCACUGUAAAGAAAGUCAAUCAUUUUGGAAAACAUUAGAUUUCUUUCUAAGAGUUUAAUGAAAAGAACGAUACCACUACAACCUUAUCGAUGUCAAUUCAGACCAACAGAGUUACACAAAAAUAAAUAUAAUUCUGGUAGAUAAGCAGUAAGGAUGGGUAACUUGAGAGACAUGUUAAAUAUUAGCCAUAACUACAGGACUACCUUCCCUGAAAGCUCUUUGUUUGUUGUACAAUAACUCACUACUAUCUUCAGAGAUGUAGUUCACAUCUCUGAAGAUACAUGUUAUUUUCCUUGGACAGUAUUUGUUUUGUUUGAUAGAUUUGAGAGAUUUAUUUAGUGACCAGACAUUGAAUUGUGUGUACAGUUAAAACUAACUGAAGGUGACACAUCAUGAUAUUGCACUUGCGAGAAACGAAGGAGUCCUGCAGCAGGGUUUUCAGGGAAGAUGUGGGGGACUAAAAGACUGUUUGGAGGAUAAUGUUUCUUAAAAGCCCUGGUAAUGUAGCUCAAGAAGCAAGUCGGACAGUGCACCAGGAAUGAAUUGUACAAUAAUGAAUGUUCCUUGUAUACUAAUACAUAUACUGUACUAUACUUAAUGUGAAUUUGCAAAAUUCCUACAUCAGACAAGUUAAACCAAUAAUAAAGCUCUUGAAUCCA